AUGAAGAAAGCGAUUAAAAAAAGAAUUAAAAGUUUGCCUACCUCCCUCUACAAGGAUAAAAAACAUAAAAACAAAUCUCGAAGUCCAGGUGAUGAAAAAGAAAGUAGUUCUACAAGUAAUAGAAGCAGCAGCGAUUCCAACUCGUCUGCUUCUGUGAAUGAAAAAUCAACUAUCAAGAGUUCUGAAGAGUCAAAUGACGAGCAUACAAAUGGAGUUGAUGAAUCCUUUGAUGAACCUAUCUCGCCUGAAGAUAAAAGUGAUACAGGUGAUAAAGAAAACGAAGCACCAGCCGAGACAACUUGGCCUCAAAAAAGCGAAACAUCAGCCGAGACAUCUCGGUCUCAAGAAAACGAAACACCAACCGAGACAUCUUGGCCUCAAGAAAGCGAAAUUAAUGCUAAGGAUGUUCCAUUACCGACCUUUAAAUUCCAAGAAUCAAAAAUAAAUCCGUAUAACGAAACAACCACGUAUGAUUUCCGACUCCGAGAGGUGAAGAAGCCCACUUCAAUUAAACAAUCUCAAUCCUCUGAACUUGUAUAUCCCGAAUUGUCUAUCGCAAAACUUGGCAUAAUCGACCUGGCAAUAUAUUGGUUUGGCUGGUAUAGCGAGGACUUUUUCAUUCGAACUGCAGAUAAAAUAAAAAUCGUUGAUGGAAUAACGGGAUUACCCGUUAGUGACUGGUUCUUUUGGCUUUUUUCCUUAAAAAGCUGGUUGAAUAUACACGAUUAA